CUGCAAUCUUCCCCGGACAUCUCCUCGCACAUACUGCACGAGAAGGUAGAAGGAGAGCAAGCAAUUCCAGUGGCUCGCUCGUGGGCAAGAAAGUGGCACAGCUACAAGACACGCAUGUCCUCUUUUCACCCCACAAGAGUGUAAAGGAACAGAAAGACGGCUGCCUGGAAGUUUUUUUUGUAGUGAACAGCUCUCGAGUCCUGUCAUUUUGAUCUUAAGAGGCCGUAGUAGUUGAGUGUGGAAAAAAUCCAUUCUCGAAUAUCAUUCUGAGCACCCCCGCUAUCGUUAGCUUUGGAUCUGUCCAUUAUGGUGUACUGCGGGAAACCGUCGAAGGGGUGUGCGAACUGCAGAAAGAGAAGAAUUCGAUGCGACCAAGCUUUGCCGUCAUGCGGACAGUGUACAAAGAUCAAGAAAGAAUGUCCCGGCUAUCGGGACAUGCUAGACCUCUCUUUCAGACACGAAUAUAGCAGUGUAAUUGAAAAGGUAAAUGCAAGAAAUGAACGAAAGACUGUUGAACGACAAAAACCACAGUCCACUGCAUGGUACCCCAAAGACAACCCAAAGUCGAACGAGAGUGCAUAUGAUCAACCUCCAUCGCCUCCCAAAGUAUUUGAAUGGGAUACUUUCAGUUUCAGACAUGACGACUUCUCAGAAAUUAUGUGGAAAAAUGGCUCCACCUCACCUACUAGACCCAUGUCUACCUUCUCAAUGUUUCCAACCAUCGAGGAUCGCGGAGUGGCGUUUUUCGCUGCGAACUUCGUGACACCUCCUGGCGGACCCACUCAUGGCUCUUUUACUAGUCUCUAUGAGAUUAAACAGUUCACAGGAAGUUUGGAUGACCCCCUCGUGGCUGGUAUUACCGCGACAGGUCUCGCUUGCUUCGCCAAUACCACGAAGUCCGACGAGGUGAUGCGGCAUGCACGAAGGCAAUAUACCGUUGCUCUUCAGCUAAUCAACAAAGCGCUCGGGUCGCCUGAAGAUGCCUUAAAAGACAGUACUUUGCUUGCAGUUCUCGUUCUCGCGGUAUUUGAAACGACCGCUGGAUCAAAAAAGUGUAUGUUUUAUCGUCAUGCUCUCAACAGCCACGGGACUAACCAUCACUAUAUAGUAUCCUUGAAAGAAUGGAGGCAUCACAUGAAUGGAACAGCAGCACUACUCAAACUUCGAGGCCGUCCUCAGCUGUGGACACCGAUCGGAUUCAAGCUCUUCAUGCAUGCUAGCACUCACGUAAUGGUAGGCUGUCUUCAUCGUGAGAUCGCCAUGCCACCGGAGCUCCUCGAGCUUCGGCAAGAAGCAUUCCAGUGCGUCAAUGAAGAACCGGUAUGGCAAUAUCUGAAAGUAGCCGAUGAGUUUACUAUUUUCCGUGGUGCUGUACGGAAUGGCACUCUCGCGAAUCCCGAGGAAAUCAUCAGGGCUGCCCUGAUAAUAGACAGGAAAUUGCAUCAGAUAUUCACAGACGUAUCACCUGGGUGGAUCUACGAAACGGUUGUCUGCGAAGUCGAGCAGGAUAUUGUUUUCCAGAACCGGUAUGAUAUUUACCAUGACCAUUGUAUAGCGCAAACAUGGAAUGGCAUGCGCACUGCUCGAAUAAUGCUAAACGAGACCAUCUGCUUCCAACUCACGCGGCUCAGCGAGUCAACUACUGGAUAUGAGAGCCGGUGGGAACAGUCAACUCAGAUAUGCAUCGAAAUGAGCGACGCCAUCCUCCGCAGUGUCCCACAGCACUUAGGUCACAUCUCCCGUCGACCGUUCCAAGGAGAUGGUACAACUUCCCAUGUAACAGAGCCUUUGGAAAGGGACCCCUCGUAUCCGUCACUGGGAAGCUGGUUCCUCCUGUGGCCUCUGUACAUCGCAGGUACAACUCGGGUAGCCACCCCGGAAAUGCGUGCCUACGCAGGGACAAUACUAGAAUACGUCGGCGAGACAGUAGGGAUCAAGCAAGGUACCAACCUCGCGUCCUUUAUAAGAGAACAUGCUUUCCCGGGACAUGAAGCUGCGGGAGCGGGUCUGGGAAUGGCUGUUGAUGAGAAUGGGAAGAGGAUCGGCGCCUUGAGAGUGAUGAUGGAUCGGGAGGAUGCAGAGAUGGAAGAAGAGGGAAGGACGCUGGUGGAUGACGGGUGGAAACAGACAGUAGAUCGAGACGAAGGCUAAGGCGGAAUCGAGGUUCACAUCGAUUGAAGAAUACCCGAAGGACACCAUGAUGGAUGAUCUUCAUUCGCAGGUCAUGAGACACCUUCAUCCGGCUGCAUGAUAAAACGUCUGGGAAGUGAUGGCAACUGGAGUAUACAAGGUUGCAUACAGCCGCUGAAGAGACGUGACUCGGAGUGCUAAGCGACGU